GAACAUGCAGAAAUAAAACCUGCCACAGAGGGCCACUGGCUGUACGCUCAGGAUUUUUAUAAGGAAAUGGCAAGUGCUGAACUUUGGGUUGGAACAUGGAGGCCCCACAAACCAAGAGGGCCCAUAGCUGCCCUCUAUGGUAGCCCAGGACCGAAGUAUGCGCUGCCUGGACUAACAGGUGUUCCGAAACAUGACCCUACUAAAUACAAAGCCCCAAUGUUCAGCUUCGGGACGCGUCAUGACCAGGGACUGUCAAACUGCUCCCCUGGACCGAGGUACCUCAUCCACUCCAACAUCACCAGAACGGGCAGAGGCGGCGCUCCUGCAUUUUCACUGCACAGCCGCUCGAAGGAGCAGGGAUUGUUCCAGGGCCCCGGACCAGGCCAGUACUCCCCCGAGCUUUCAGGGAAGUUGACCUUUCACUCCGCUCCUGCUUAUUCUCUGUUUGGUAGAAGCAAAUACUUCAGCAUCAACAAAACACCAGGUCCAGCCUCGUACACACUGCCCCCUGUGCUGGGGCCCAAAACCAUGGUCACAGCUACAGCUCCCGCCCACUCACUCUGUGGACGCAGCAAAACUGGAAGCUUCCACGAGGACCUGAACAAGACUCCUGGCCCUGCUGCCUACAAAGUGGUGGACCCCUGUACUUACAGUCAGAAACCGCCACAGUUCAGCAUGACGGGCCGCAACUUUGCUCCUGGUGAAACCACCCAGAAACCAGGGCCUGGCUCACACUGUCCUGAGCAGGUGACCACGACAAAAGCAAAAGCUCCGAGCUUCUCCUUUGGGAUUCGUCACUCAGAAUUCAUCUCACCCCUCAUUGUCAAUGUGGCUGAAUGACGACACGAUCUCUUAUUGUGACUGAAAAAUAAAUCACAUAACAGCAUCAAAUAAAGCACAAAGAGA